GUUGGUGAAACUCAUAUUAUGGUCCUUCCUUACUGUUCACAGGGUCACAUAAAUCCAAUGCUCCAAUUCUCCAGGCGCCUAGCCUCCAAAGGUCUCAAGGUCACAUUAGUGAUCCCAAGAGCCUCCAUUUAGAAUGCCCAAGCUAGCUCCAUUAACAUCGAGAUCAUUUGUGAAGGGCUCGAGGAGCGCAAAGAAGAAGAAAGUAUAGAGGACUAUGUGGAGCGUUUUAGAAUGGUAGCUUCACAAAGCUUGGCGGAGCUUAUCAAGAAACAUAGUAGAUCCAGCCAUCCCGCUAAAUUCCUUGUGUAUGACUCAAUGAUGCCAUGGGCACAAGACGUGGCUGAACCACUAGGCCUAGAUGGAGUUCCAUUCUUCACUCAAUCAUGUGCUGUUUCUACCAUCUAUUACCAUUUUAAUCAAGGGAAGUUGAAAACUCCUUUAGAAGGAUAUACGGUAUCAAUUCCUUCAAUGCCACUUUUAUGUAUCAAUGAUCUGCCAUCAUUCAUUAAUGACAAAACUAUACUCGGCUUCCUCUUGAAGCAAUUUUCCAAUUUCCAGAAAGUGAAGUGGAUCUUGUUUAACACUUUUGACAAGUUGGAAGAGGAGGUGAUGAAGUGGAUGGCAAGCCUGCGACCAAUCAAGACAAUAGGACCUACUGUUCCUUCCAUGUACUUAGACAAGAGGUUGGAGGAAGACAAAGAAUACGGUCUCAGCCUUUUCAAGCAAAAUGUUGACGCCUAUAUUGCAUGGCUGGACUUAAAGGGCAUUGGCUCUGUGGUUUAUGCAUCCUUUGGAAGCAUGGCCUCACUGGGAGAAGAACAGAUGGAGGAAAUAGCAUGGGGCCUGAAAAGGAACAACACCCACUUCAUGUGGGUAGUCAGAGAAUCAGAAGAGAAAAAGCUUCCUUGCAAGUUCUUGGAGGAGACAUGUGAGAAGGGUCUGGUCGUGAGUUGGUGCUCCCAACUAGAAGUUUUAUCUCACAAAGCUGUUGGGUGUUUUAUGAGUCAUUGCGGAUGGAACUCAACUUUGGAGGCACUGAGCUUGGGAGUGCCAAUGAUAGCGAUGCCUCACUUUUCAGAUCAAACAACGAAUGCCAAGUUCAUUGAAGAUGUAUGGGGAGUUGGGGUUAGAGUUAAGCCGGAUGAAAAAGGGCUUGUGAAGAGAGAGGAAAUAGAGAUGUGCAUAAGGGAAAUGAUGCAGGGAGAGAGAGGGAAUGAGAUGAGAAGGAAUGCUGAGAUGUGGAAGGAGUUGGCCAAAGAGGCAGUAACUGAAGGCGGAACCUCCGAUAAGAACAUUGAAGAAUUUGUUGCAGAAAUUUUAUGCAGCUUAGAUUGA